CUUCAUCAUCAUCCGUUCUAUCCCAGCAGCAAACAAAUGGCGACUCUUCUUUCUUCCACUUCUUCACUUCACUCUUUUCCCAAAUUAUCUCCUUCCAAUCCACACUUCACCCAACCUUGCAAUUUGCUGACCGUUUUCUCUCCUAACAAACCUCUCCAUUUCAAAUUCAAAUUGCAAUUCAGUUCGCUGCGACCCAUUGCCUCGUUAAACAAUUCUUCUUCUUCAUUGAAUAACACAACGGAGCCCAUGAUUCCUCCUUAUAACGUCUUAAUUACUGGCUCUUCCAAAGGAAUUGGUUAUGCUCUAGCUAAAGAAUUUUUGAAAGCAGGGGACAAUGUUAUUAUUUGCUCUAGAUCAGCUGAUCAUGUGGAAUCUGCCAUUCAGAGUUUGAAAAUGGAAUCAGGGAAGCAGCAUGUGUGGGGUACCACCUGUGAUGUUAGAGCAGCAAACGAUGUGAAGAAUUUAGUUGCUUUUGCUCAAGAAAAGCUUAAAUACAUUGACAUAUGGAUCAAUAAUGCUGGAUCUAAUGCAUACAGUUAUAAACCUCUAGCAGAAGCUUCUGAUGAAGAUUUAAUGGAGGUUGUCUCAACAAAUACUCUGGGUUUGAUGAUAUGUUGUCGAGAGGCCAUAAAGAUGAUGUUAAAUCAGUCUCGAGGAGGUCAUGUGUUUAACAUUGAUGGAGCUGGUUCAGAUGGAAGACCGACCCCCAGAUUUGCUGCAUAUGGGGCAACAAAGCGUAGUGUUGUACAUUUAACAAAAUCCCUACAGGCAGAAUUGCAAAUGCAAGAUGUUAAAAAUGUGGUCGUGCAUAAUUUGUCGCCAGGCAUGGUAACUACUGAUCUUCUCAUGUCUGGUGCUGAUACAAAGCAGGCAAAAUUCUUUAUUAACAUUUUGGCUGAACCAGCAGAAGUGGUUGCACGGUACCUGGUUCCAAAUAUUAGAUCAAUCCCGAUAAGUGGAUCAACAAAACCAACUUAUAUUCGUUUCCUGACCGGAUGGAAGGCCUACUCCCAAAUAUUCUCAAGAAUCGCUUUUGGUGCUAGGAGGAAUAGACAUGUUCUUGAAGAUUGAUCAAACGCCUGGUGGCCAAAUAUUGCUAUAGAGGUUUGUUGUAAAAUUGCCAAUUUUUCAUUCCCUUCAUGUUUCAGGGGUGGGAAGUGGAACUCAAUUCAGGGAGAAGUAUAAUAAUCGUGGAGGUUACCUAUAAGCAAACUAGUUAUGCUAGGAUAAUGUAUGAUUUUGGUAUCCUUUAUACACUGUUUUAUCAAAAUAACUCGAAACAUAUAUCCAUUUUGCAACACGGAUAACUUUGGGUGGAGGCGUAGUUGCUUUCAUUGCAAUGGAAGCUUGUGAUGUACCUUGUCUA